AUGGAGACUGAAACCCCUCACCAGCAUGACCUACCGAAGGAGCAAGUCGUAACUGGCCUCCAGCAGAUGGAGCUCAAUUCCGGUAGCGAUAAACCAGACGACCCAGAUGGAACGAGCUAUGACAAGGGAGACAUGGGCCGCAUGGGCAAGGCUCAGCAAUUUAAAAGGAAUAUCCGGCCUCUCGCAGCUGUCAGCUUUUCUGCGGUGCUGCAAGCUACUUGGGAAUAUAUUAUGCUUUCUGACUACGAAGGGUUGCAGAACGGUGGUCUGGCAGGAGUGCUGUGGUCCUACGUAUGGACUACAAUUGGUUUUGGAUUCAUUAUCGUCUCUUUGGCUGAGAUGGCCUCUAUGGCUCCCACCUCUGGUGGACAAUACCACUGGGUCUCGGAAUUUGCAUCUCCGCGUUACCAGAAGUUUUUGAGCUAUAUCACCGGAUGGAUGUCCGUUCUUGCCUGGCAGGCAGGAACCGCGUCAGGGGCAUUUUUGACGGGCACAAUCAUUCAAGGUCUUAUCAGCGUGCGUAGCCCAACAUAUGAGCCCCAGGGAUGGCAGGGAACUUUGUUUGUAUUUGCGAUGAUUCUGCUAGCUUACGGCUUCAAUAUCUACUGGUCCGAUCUCAUGGUUCGUAUGCAAAACAUUCUGCUUGCGACUCACAUCCUCUGCUGGGUAGUGGUAAUAGUUGCUCUCUGGGUUCUGUCUCCCCUACAGUCGGCAGAGGCAGUGUUCACUAAGUUCGAGAAUGGUGGUGGAUGGUCUUCCAUGGGGCUAAGCUUGAUGAUCGGUCAGAUCUCAGCAAUCUAUGGCUGCCUUAGCUCAGAUGCCACUGCCCACAUGUCUGAGGAGAUCAAGGAUGCCGGUCGCUACGUCCCGAUUGCUAUCACCUGGUCUUUUUUUGGGAAUACCAUCCUUGCCCUAGUUUCUCUAAUUACCAUGCUUUUUGCGACACCCUCGGUAGAGGACGCUCUAGACGACAGCAGUGGCUUUCCUUUGAUCUAUGUGUUCAAGCAAGCUACAAACGUCAAUGGGGUAAAUGGACUUAUGGCUAUCAUUCUAAUUCCCGUCAUUCUCAGCAAUAUUCUGUUCAACGCCUCCACCGCUCGCCAGACCUUUUCUUUCGCCCGGGACAAGGGCCUCCCUUUCUCCAACUGGAUGGCUAAGGUUGACAAAAAGCGUAAGCUCCCUGUCAACUCUGUCAUCAUUACCUGUGUCAUCAGUUCUCUCCUAGCUCUGAUCAAUAUUGGCUCCGAGACCGCGUUCAACGCCAUUAUCUCACUGAAUGUUGCGGCUCUGAUGUAUUCUUACUCUAUCUCGAUGAGCUGCCUCAUCUGGCGCAAGUUAUACCACCCUGAGACACUACCACAGGGACGAUGGAGUCUUGGAAGGUACGGUAUCAUUAUGAAUAUCAUCGGCUGGCUCUAUGUUCUUUUCGCCUUGUUCUGGUCCUUCUGGCCCCAGACAACACCAACCAACCCGGAGACUUUCAACUGGAGUGUUCUUAUCUUCUGUGGAGUCCUUAUUCUCAGUCUUGCCAUGUACUUUUUGAAAGGCCGGUAUGAGUAUGAUGGACCUGUGGUGGAUGUCAGGAAGUGUGAAGGUGACAUUUAA